AUGUCGGGAAACUAUGUUCAAAGUCUUUUGCGCCCUUCCGCUUCCAACAUCAUUUUCGACAGUGAAAAGGACCGCAAUUUGAACUAUGCCGGCAGGGACUCGAUUUCUUCAGUGGAGGACGAGAAACAUGAUGCCGAUGAGUACUCGAAGCUGCAAACACCCGGCCAUGAACUAUCGACAUCGAGAGAGGAACAACCAGCAGCGGCGACGUGGCUACUUAUAUGCCGGAGAAUCCUCAUUCAUCAUAGCAGCGUGGAAGCUAUCAAGCUCUAUACCACUGGAUAA